AUGAAGCGAGCUAUAGCCACCGUUUUCUUGCUUCUUUUCGCCCUUUACGCUCUGUUUUAUUCUUCAACCGCUGCGCAACGGCCAUGGCCAGGAAGGUCCAAAUACCAACAUGGCUUUGCCACACAACAGCAAGACACCCUCCGUGUAAUGUUUGUAGGCGACUCAAUGACCCAAGGCAAAGAGGGUGACUGGACCUGGCGCUAUCGGAUGUGGCAAUGGUUUCAAGAUCAGGAUAUUCCAGUCACUUUUGUAGGGCCGUAUACAGGCACAGUUGAGCGCGAUGCACCAGCACCUCCACUGUACGAAUCAACGGAGGCUCCCAAAGCAAGCAUUAAGAUCAGCGGUGGUUAUGCUCCGGGAGUCUCUCCAAACUUUGACCGACAUCACUUCGCAAUCUGGGGCCGAGCAGCGGCAGUCGAUAAACACCUCAUUUACGACGUGGUAACCGCUCAUCCAACAGACAUGAUGUUGUUGAUGCUCGGCUUUAACGACCUGGGAUGGCUUUUCAGCAAGCCAAUGGAUGCCGUGGCCUCUCUUUACGACCUGAUAAACAACGCCCGGAAAGCGAAUCCGAACCUCAAGUUUGCUGUUGCAAAUAUCCCCCAGCGCAGCUUUAUCGGCAGAGGCGACCUACCGGUUUCCACAGAGGAGUAUAAUUCUAUCCUGCGACUCGCGCUACCGCAAUGGAGCACCGAAAAAUCACCUAUACACCUGGUUGAGCUACAAGAGCACUAUAGCUGUGGAAUGAGUGCUUGCGAAGCCAGCUAUGACGGGCUCCAUCCAAAUGCUCAGGGCGAGUUCCAGAUCGCUAAUGCAUUCACUCUCACUCUAAUCAAUGAUUUCAAGAUUGGGUCUUCACCGCUGAUUGUCCCUUUAAACCUUUGA